CGUUGUAGUAGGGUUUUCCUUUGUCAUCGUCCUCCUCGGCGGGUUGGCGGGCGUCGUCGCCAUCGCCAAAAAGCCAACGCCGUCUCUCUUCCUCUUCCGGUGCCUUGUGCUCUUCUUUGGCCCUCUUUUUUUCUCGCAACUAAUUAGAUCAUCGUGAAGAUGGCGAUCACGAUCUCUGCAAUCAAGGCCCGGCAGAUCUUCGAUAGCCGUGGCAAUCCGACGGUGGAGGUGGACGUUACCACAAGUGAUGGCGCGCAGUACCGCGCGGCGGUGCCGAGUGGUGCUUCUACCGGCAUUUACGAGGCCCUGGAGCUCCGCGAUGGCGGCAAGGACUACAUGGGCAAGGGCGUGCUGAAGGCGGUCAGCAAUGUCAACGACAUCAUCGCCCCCGCGUUGAUUGGUAAGGAUGUGACGGAGCAAACGGCCAUCGACAACUACAUGGUUGAGCAGCUCGACGGCACGCAGAACCAGUGGGGAUGGUGCAAGCAGAAGCUCGGCGCCAAUGCCAUCUUGGCGGUGUCGCUGGCGCUCUGCAAAGCUGGCGCCGGCGCCAAGAAGAUCCCGCUCUAUCAGCACAUUGCGAAUUUGGCGGGAAACUCGAAACUGGUGCUUCCUGUCCCUUCGUUCAACAUCAUCAACGGCGGCUCGCAUGCGGGUAACAAGCUAGCCAUGCAGGAGUUUAUGAUUCUGCCGACGGGCGCCGCCACAUUCAAGGAGGCGAUGAAGAUUGGAUCAGAAGUGUACCACCAUCUCAAGUCCAUCAUCAAGAAGAAGUACGGGCAGGACGCGACGAACGUGGGUGAUGAGGGCGGAUUUGCGCCCAACAUCCAGGACAACAAGGAGGGGUUGGAGUUGAUUAAGGCGGCCAUCGAGAAGGCAGGAUACACGGGCAAGGUGACGAUAGGCAUGGACGUGGCGGCGUCGGAGUUCUACGACGAGAAGACGAAGAUGUACGAUCUGGACUUCAAGACGGAGAACAAUGACGGCAGCGCGAAGAUCACCGGCGAUCAGCUCAUUCAGCUGUACCAGUCGUUUUGCGACGAGUACCCUCUGGUCUCCAUCGAAGACCCCUUCGACCAAGACGAUUGGGAGCACUACGCCAAGCUGACUGAUUUGAUCGGCGAGAAGGUACAGAUCGUCGGUGACGACUUGCUGGUGACCAAUCCGAAGAGAGUGGAGAAGGCCAUCGCUGAGAAGUCAGCGAAUGCUCUUCUCCUCAAGGUGAACCAGAUAGGGUCGGUGACAGAGAGCAUCGAAGCCGUGAGGAUGUCGAAGAAGGCAUGGUGGGGAGUGAUGACCAGCCACAGGAGCGGAGAGACGGAAGACACUUUCAUCGCUGAUCUUGCGGUCGGACUUGCCACUGGACAAAUCAAGACGGGAGCACCGUGCAGAUCGGAGCGCCUAGCGAAAUACAACCAGCUGCUGCGUAUUGAGGAGGAGCUUGGCGAUGCCGCUGUGUACGCUGGUGUCAAUUUCCGUACCCCGGUUGAGCCCUAUUGAGUGUUCUUUUUUAUUGAUUAUUUGGUUCAACGCUUCUGACGUUUAGUGAUCUUUGUAAGGGCAUCUUGGCGUAGUGUUCUAUUUUUAUCUGGGCUUGUCGUUGCAUUUGGAAAAAUUAUUAUGUCUUUUUUCUUUAUGGUGGGAAUAGCUCUUCUGCCAAGCGUGCGACAGUGCGGCUGCGUCGCACACCGAGCUGUUUACCUCAUUAUAGUGAUGUAGCCCGAUGGGCAUGGAUGGCGUUUUUUUUUGUUUUUUUUGUUCUUUCUCGCAAUACUCUGGCGUUGUGGAGUUGAACAGAGGGCUCUCCUAUUCAUCCAUCUUACGCUUCUGUGUAGGUGGUAGGAGUUUCUGGUACUCGUGUCUCGUCUGUGUAGGUGCGCUGGUAUUUCUCUUCUGUGUAGGUGCUGGAUCUUCUCUUCUGUAUACGUAGGCGCUAAGAAUGUUUACUCGUAAUUUAUAGGUUUAGAAUUCUUUCAGGACGACUUGUUUUGGUGACGCAAUGGUGUGUCAAUCCUAUAUAUUGUUUAGGGUAUUCUUGUACUCGGAGUUUCUUUUUUUCGCUUGAGAUUAAGAAAUCAGAAGAAACAUAACAAAACAACGCGAGUUUUGUGAAAAUGGCGAGAGAGCAUAAGAGGAAAUGACUGGGUGUGAAAAGCUGAUAUUGCGCCUCUCAUUUGUGAAACACUGUUUCCUGCUUUCCUGUAAGUGUUGUUCAACGGUCAUCCCGUCGGAGGAGUGCAGAGAAAAAUAAUUGAACCGUCAAUGGAAAAAGGGCUUGUAUUUUUUUUCUGACCCAGAAGGGAUCGAAAAGUCGGUGUGCAACAGUUAUAAUUAUUAUAAUCUUUUCGUCGAAAUCCUGAGGAUUCGUUAGGAGUAGUGAGCGAGAACAACGUACAGUGCAGCAUGGCAGCCGUUUUCACCCUCAUGGAACGCCUGGUCGUUAUCGCUGUUUCUAGACCCAUAGGUGCGCGCCAAAAAUAGAGCGAGAAUGACCGGGCAUUCCAUUCGCAUGACGAGGGUACUCUAUCUAAUUCAGGGUCUUAGACUGUAUUUAGACGUACUGGUGCGUCAAGUACAACUAUUAUGCUAAUAACCUGGCGUUCUAUUUCGUUGAAGGGGGUAGUCUAAUCCAGUAUCUUACAAGUAGGUCCGAUUCCUGUGAAAUCGUCGGUUCCUCUCCCAGUUAAAUACUUUUUUAUUUUCUUUUUUUUUUCCCACAAGUGUGAUCGCGUUGACGUAUUGUCAUUGAACUGACCGGCCCCAGGCAACUCAGAAUUAUGUUAUUUUUCUCAUCUGCUGCUCAUCUGAUCGCAUCUGGAAUAGAACUCGGGUAUGUUUUUCAACAGGUCGUGGGUAUAUCAACUGAGCUAGGAUCGUUUGAUUGAAUGAGAGAGCUAACUAAACAUUGGUUUGACUCGUCAGACUUAAACAAGCAUGAUGAGGCCGACUCCAUUCUUCGUCCCGAAUAUAACGUCCGCCCAUUAUAGAGGUAUUUGGGGCAAUUUGCUGUCCAGGUACAGCCAUAAUGACCAGGCUUGCGUUCUAUUGGGGUGAAGGCGGUCAGAUCAGUUGGUCUCAGCGGCUAUGGCAUGCCUGAUCCAUUCUCAAGGUAUAAACAAGAUGCU